AUGUCUUAUUCCAAUAAAGAUAUUGCCAAUCUAUUAGUGGAUUUUUUAUCUACUGCUAUUGAAAAAAAGGCUGUUUCUUCUGAUAAUGCUGAUUCUUUAAACGUGGCAAUUGAUUGUAUAACUGAAGCCUUUGAAUUUGAAAAAGACGAUGUCAAAUCAACUUUAGCCUCUAAAUUUGGUGGCAAAUCAUUGACUGAAUUAUUAGAUGCCGCCACAAACGCCAAGGGAAGAUCUUCAUCACCAGAAGAUAUCAAAGUUUCAAUCUCCGACAAAGAUGAAGAAGAAGAUAAGGAAUUGGCUGCUAAAGCUGAAGCUUUAAAAUUGGAAGGUAAUAAAGCUAUGGCUGCUAAAGAUUAUAAUUUAGCUGUAGAAAAAUAUAACGCUGCCAUCAAAUUGGUCCCAACAAAGGCUGUUUAUUAUGCUAAUAGAGCAGCAGCAUAUUCUUCACAAGAAAAAUACGAUGAAGCUAUUAAGGAUGCUGAAUCAGCCAUUAAAGUUGAACCAAAUUGGUCUAAAGGUUACUCUAGAUUAGGUUUUGCCAAAUUCGCCCAAGGUAAAUCCCAAGAAGCUCUGGAAGCUUAUAAGAAAGCUUUAGAAGUUGAUGGUGAUAAAGCUACUGAUAUUAUGAAGAGAGAUUAUGAAACUGCGAAGAAAAAAGUCGAACAAUCCUUAAACGUUGAAAAGAGUGCCACUCCAAGUGCUUCUGCCUCUGCUUCUGCCUCUGCUGGUGGUAUGCCAGAUAUGGCUUCCAUGUUAGGUGGUGGUUUGGGUAGUUUCUUAAAUAACCCACAAAUCAUGCAAGCUGCUCAACAAAUGAUGUCUAACCCAAGAGCCAUGGAACAAAUGGAAAGCAUGAUGCAAAACCCAAGCAUCAGACAGAUGGCUGAAAACUUGAGUUCAGGCUCUAGUGAAGGUAUGGGCGAUUUCAUGAAUAACCCAGCCAUUAGAGAAAUGGCUAGCAACUUAUUCGGUGGUGCUGGUGCUGGUGCUGGUGCUGACUCCAAUGGCGCUAACAGUAGCGCUAAUGCCGGUAAAGAUGCUGACAAGAAUUAG